CCCCCCCGCCCCCCUCCCAUUUCCCUUCUUUUAUUUAUACUUCCAUCUUCCUUACUGCUUAACCAUUCUCUAUUAACCAACUCCAAAUAGUUCAAAGUAUUACACUCUUACAAAACCGCAUAUAUGGCAGAAUUUCAAAAGAACAGCAAUAUGUACGUAGAACAUUCAGCACAAGUAGGAGUACUAGAAAGCGGAGAAGUUCAUAAAAACAUUGACGAUGAUGGGCGUGAGAAAAGAACUGGUACGGUGCUAACAGCGAGUGCACAUAUAAUAACUGCUGUGAUAGGGUCAGGGGUGCUAUCUCUAGCAUGGGCAAUGGCUCAGUUAGGGUGGGUCGCUGGUCCUGUUAUUCUCUUUAUCUUCUCUUUCAUCACUUACUUCACUUCAACACUUCUCGCCGAUUGUUAUCGCUCUCCUGGCCCUAUCUCUGGCAAGAGAAACUACAGUUACAUGGAGGUUGUGCGCUCUCACUUAGGAGGUAUUAAGGUGCAACUGUGUGGAAUAGCCCAGUAUGGUAACCUCGUAGGAAUUACCAUUGGAUACACUAUUACUGCAUCUAUCAGUAUGGUGGCAGUAGUAAGGUCAAACUGUUUCCACAAAAAGGGGCACGAAGCCAGCUGCUCAGUAUCAAAUUACCCAUAUAUGAUUAUCUUUGCAGUUAUACAAAUAGUUCUUAGCCAAAUACCAAACUUCCAUAAGCUUUCAUGGCUAUCCAUUCUUGCUGCAGUCAUGUCUUUUGCUUACUCUCUUAUUGGUCUUGGACUUUCCAUUGCCAAAGUCGCAGGUGCAGGGCACCAUGUAAAGACAAGCCUAACAGGGAUCAUGUUAGGUGCUUCUUUAGAAGAUUUGAGAAAUUGGGGUCUUUUCUGGGACAUGAUUGUGCAAUAUAUGUGAGAACUAAUUGCUUAAUCAACUUGACAAUUUCAGGAUACAUUGAGAUCACCACCUGCAGAGAACAAGGUUAUGAAGAAAGCAUCACUUGUCGGAGUUUUUACCACAACCUUAUUCUAUGUACUAUGUGGUACCAUUGGCUAUGCAGCCUUUGGAAACGAUGCACCUGGAAAUUUCCUCACUGGAUUUGGUUUCUACGAACCCUUUUGGCUAAUUGACUUCGCUAACAUUUGCAUCGCUAUUCACCUGGUUGGAGCUUACCAGGUUUUCUGCCAACCAAUAUAUGGCUUUGUGGAGGGUCGUUGUAGUGAACGAUGGCCAGACAACAAAUUCAUCACUUCCCAACAUGCGAUAAACAUUCCAUGUUCUGGUCAUGUUUACUAUGUAAAUUUUUUCAGGUUGCUGUGGAGGACAGCAUAUGUUAUAGUAACAGCAGUAAUUGCCAUGAUAUUUCCAUUCUUCAAUCACUUUUUGGGUUUAAUUGGGGCAGCUUCUUUUUAUCCAUUAACUGUCUACUUGCCAAUAGAAAUGCACAUUGCUCAGAGGAAAAUUCCAAAGUAUUCAUUCACUUGGAUAUGGCUGCAAAUAUUAAGCUGGGGUUGCUUAAUUGUGUCACUUGUUGCAGCAGCUGGAUCCAUACAGGGUCUUUCUCAAGAUCUCAAGACAUACAAGCCUUUCAAAUCUCAGGCUCAUGAAUGAGUUUUAGAACAAUUAAUGUAUAACUAAAUUUGUAGUAUUUUCAAUAAGAAGUUUCUUGAAACAGAGUGGUUGUAUGUAACUCUUACAAAUUUUGUACGGCACGUUAUAUGGCAUCAAGCUACUUGAACACGAAGCAGCACUGUGCGUAAGUAAACCUUUUCAUGUAAA